UUUGCGGCGGUCGUGUAUUGGUCUUUACAAGCUAUCUACUUGAUCCCUACGCCCUUUCUUCUCCGUCCCUCCCUCUCUCUCACCGGUAAUUCAUCGCUCCAUGGCUCUGCCUCAAAAUCAGUACCAGCAACAGUAUCAACCACAACAUCAACACCAACAACAGCAAUCUAUUUCUUUCCGGAACUUGUACACUGCUGAUGCUCAUGUUUCUCAGCCGAUCUCCUAUUUCAACCCCUUCAAUUUGCAGGAUCAUUCCCAGCAUCCGCCCUACGUUCCUCCAUUUCAUGUAGUCGGGUUUGCACCAGGUACAGCCCCUGGACCGGAUGCCAGUGAUGGAGUAGCAGAUUUUCCCUUGAUGUAUGGCAUAGAACCCAAGAAGAAAAGAUUAAAGGAGCAAGAUCUUUUUGAAAACAAUUCCCAGAUAUCAUCCAUUGAUUUCUUGCAGCCACGUCCAGUUUCGACAGGACUGGGUUUAUCACUUGACAACACCCGCAUGGCUUCUACAGGAGACUCGCCUUUGGUUUCUCUUAUAGGUGAAGACGUUGAUCUCGAGUUACAGCGACAGGAUGAAGAUAUUGAGAAGUUCCUCAAAGUUCAGGGUGAUAGGUUACGACAUACCAUAUUAGAGAAGAUCCAAGCCAAUCAACUCCAGACUCUCUCAUUUGUGGAGGAAAGAAUUCUUCAGAAACUGCGUGAAAAAGAAGCUGAGGUGGAGUGUAUUAACAAGAAAAACAUUGAGCUCGAACAACGAAUGGAGCAGCUGACUGUGGAAGCAGGUGCUUGGCAGCAGCGGGCUAGAUAUAACGAAAACAUGAUCACAGCCCUCAAGUUUAAUCUUCAGCAAGUGUAUGCCCAAAGCAGGGAUAGCAAGGAAGGAUGUGGGGAUAGUGAGGUCGAAGACACUGCCUCGUGCUGCAAUGGUCGGUCCCUUGAUUUUCAACUGCUUUGCAGCAACAGCAAUGACAUGAAGGAGUUGAUGACCUGUAAGGCUUGCAGGGUUAAUGAAGUGUGUAUGCUUUUGUUGCCUUGUAAGCAUCUCUGCCUGUGCAAGGAUUGCGAAAGUAAGCUUACCUUUUGCCCCUUGUGUCAAUCCUCUAAAUUCAUAGGCAUGGAAGUUUAUAUGUAGAGGGAUGCUUUGUGUACGACUAAAGUAUAUGCUUAAUUCGUAUAUGUUUCUCAUGUGAUAAUGAUGUCUUUGUUUCUGCUAAGUUGUUCCCUAUGUUAUACGCGUCUCAUUUCAUAGAGUUGUCAUACGAUUUAUGACUUAACAUCUUGAAUUUGUAUACUAACUAUCUUUUAUUUGUAGUUAAUAUCCAAACGUUUAUAGAAAUAAUAUAGACUUGUACGCUGGA